AUGGCCGUGUACCGCGAAGCGAUCCCGGGCCCGGCCCUGGAGGCGCCGUCGCCCUCGCCGGAAGCACACACUUCAGCUCAGGGUUUGGACAGCGGAGCUGGUCACCUCUCAUUCUAUAGGAAGUUGUGCUAUGGCAUUGGAGGGGUUCCCAACCAGGUGGCCUCCAGCGCCAUAGCCUUUUACCUGCAACUUUUCCUGCUCGAUGUGGCACAGAUCCCUGCUGCCCAGGUGUCACUGGUCCUGUUUGGAGGGAAGGUGUCUGGGGCAGCUGCAGACCCUUUGGCUGGGUUUCUCAUCAACAGAAGCAGGAGGACAGGUUCUGGACGACUCAUGCCCUGGGUGCUGGGCUGCACACCCUUCGUUGCCCUGGCCUACUUCUUCCUGUGGUUCUUGCCCCCCUUCACCACCUUGCGAGGCCUUUGGUACACGACCCUCUACUGCCUGUUCCAGGCCCUGGCCACGUUUGUCCAGGUGCCCUACACGGCGCUGACCAUGCUCCUGACCCCCAACCCCAAGGAGCGGGACUCAGCCACCGCGUACCGGAUGACCUUGGAGAUGGCGGGGACGCUGAUGGGAGCCACCAUCCACGGACUCAUCGUGUCUGGUGCCCACGGGUCCCACAGGUGCAAGGAGGACGUCCUCCCAGGGGAAGUGGCUGUUUCCCCCAAUGCGACUCGUCUCUACUUCAUUGCAGCUGCUGUGGUUGCUUUGACUUACCCAGUGUGCAGUACUUUGCUCUACCUGGGGGUGAAGGAGCAAUCAGACCCCUCCACCCCAGCAUCCGGCCAGGGCCUGGGCUUCCUGGCUGGGCUGGGUCUCACAGUCCGGCAUCGGCCCUAUCUGAAGCUGGUCGUCUCCUUCCUCUUCAUCUCAGCAGCUGUUCAGGUGGAGCAGAGCUACCUGGUCCUGUUCUGUACACAUGCCUCCCAGCUUCAAGACCACGUCCAGGGCAUGGUGCUGACCAUCCUGGUCUCAGCAGUGCUGAGCACCCCGAUGUGGGAGUGGGUUCUGCAGCGAUUUGGGAAGAGGAUGUCGGCCCUCGGGAUCUGUGCGAUGGUGCCCUUUGCAAUCCUGCUGGCUGCUGUGCCCAUGGUGCCUGUGGCAUAUGUCGUGGCCUUUGUGUCUGGCCUGAGCAUCGCUGUGUCCUUGCUGCUACCCUGGUCCAUGCUUCCAGACGUGGUCGAUGACUUCCAGCUGCAGCACCAGCAUGGCCCAGGCCUGGAGACCAUCUUCUACUCAUCCUACGUCUUCUUCACCAAGCUUUCAGGAGCAGGCGCCCUGGGCAUCUCCACUCUCAGCCUGGACUUCGCAGGGUACGAGUCAGGAGCCUGCAGGCAGUCGGAGCAGGUGGUGGUGACCCUCAAGGUCCUCAUCGGUGCUGUGCCCACCAGCAUGAUCCUCAUUGGUCUCUGCAUCCUCAUGGUCGGCCCCACUCCCAAGGUGCCAAGACAGGCCAACUCCCGCUCCCUGGGGAGGAGGACCAGCUACACUCUGGCUUGA